ACUUACGAGACCUUGUUCUCCCUCCAGGCUCCGGACUCCAUCCCGGCCAAGAAGUCGAAACAUGAGGACUUCUCGCAUUCUCCGUCAGCUGAUAAGGAGAAGCCUUCUGAUUGGCUGCGGCCUCUCGCGGCCUCUGCAAAUAAGGGUCUCUGCCAGCCCAGACAGAGACCGUCUGCUUUCCGGCCAUGGUCCCCCAGCGUCUCGUCCGGCGAGAAGGAGGUGCCCAGUCGACUGACAGCAGUACUUCGGGACAGCUUUUACAACUACAAAAGUCUGGAGAGUUCCGUGGCCCCCAACGUGGCCCUGACGCCCCUCCCCCUGCACAAGACGGGCCAGCUAUCUCCGGCCACUCCCAGCACCUCCCACUGUACUGGUGAGGAGGCACAGGCGGAGGCCAUGGGCAGCCGGUCCAGGAAGAGGAGGGCGACGGGCGAUGGCCAGGCGGUUUCCGAGCCCCCCAGUGCCUCUGCGACUGCAUCAGCCAGCAGGGCCCCCCAGGAGGACAAGGACUCCGAGGUGGAGAUUGAGGUGGAGAGCCGUGAGGAAUUCACCUCCUCCCUGUCAUCGCUGUCCUCCCCCUCCUUCACCUCCUCGAGCUCCGCCAAGGACCUGAGCUCCCCGGGCACGCAGGCCCCCGCCCCCCUUCCAGAGAACCACGGGCCAGCCCUGGAGUCGGAGCUGGAGGCACUCCGCCAGGCCCUGGAUGGAGGCCUGGACUCCCGGGAGGCCAAGGAGAAGUUUCUCCACGAGAUCAUCAAGAUGAGGGUGAAGCAGGAGGAGAAGCUGGGUUCGGCCCUGCAGGCCAAGCGGAGCCUUCAGCAGGAGCUGGAGUUCCUGCGGGUGGCCAAGAAGGAGAAGCUGCGGGAGGCGACGGAGGCCAAGCGCAACCUGCGAAAGGAGAUCGAGCGUCUGCGCGCCGACAGCGAGAAGAAGAUGAAGGAGGCGGCAGAGUCGCGGGCGCGGCUGAAGAGGGAGCUCGAACAGGCCCGGCAACUGCGCGUCUGCGACAAGGGCUGUGAGGCCGGCCGGCUGCGCGCCAAGUACUCCGCGCAGAUCGAGGAUCUGCAGCUGAAACUGCAGCACGCGGAGGCGGACCGCGAGCAGCUGCGGGCAGAUCUGCUGCACGAGCGCGAGGCCCGCAAGCACCUGGAGAAGGUGGUCAAGGAACUGCAGGAGCAGCUGGGCCCCAAGGACCCCCAGAACUGAAAGCUGCAGCCGGGGGAGGGGGACGGAGAGGAGGACGGGCCGACUCACAUUGAAGCGGGCUGGGCCACACGUACGGCGGAUCCUGCAGACAAAAGAGGAAACCGGAGGACUGUAAAUUUACCGGGUGGGAAAUGUGUUACUAACAUAAGCACUGAAACGCACCUCUCAUUCAAGGAAAAAGAAUACACAAAAAUAAUGAUUAAAAAAUAUAUAGCACAAGAAAUUUGUUGUGCCUGUAUUUUCCCUGAAUACAAAAGACAUUCUAAAGGAAAAAAAAAAAUAAUUUGGAUACAGACUUUUCUAUGAUAAAGAUUUUAAAAUAUGAUAAUACCACAGUAUGGAAAUGUUAUAAUAUGGAUUGAAAACAGACGGGGCAAGAAUGUGGGGCGGAGCUUGUGGGGGCGGAGCUUGUGGGGCGGUGGCCUGAGGACACGAGGGAGGCGGGGCUCCCAGCGAGGCCACAUUGAGUGUUUUUUUUUUCUGAAGACAUUUGAGGAAUUAAUUUUGUAAUAAGCUAUUUAAGACACUGCAUUGUGAGACUUGAGUGUAUAAAGAGAAUCAUCUUCUUUUGUGUGGAUGGAGCCUCAAAGAAAAAAAACGGAUUAAAAAAAAAAAACUUGGCAAACAACAAGCAGGACAAAGUCUCCCACUAGUACCACCAUCUUCUGUUCAGCUGUUGGUGUAGAUGAAGAAGCCAUCGUGGACCGCGGGGAAAAGGAACCGGCUCUCAGUUCUUUUCUGUUCGUCGUCGAUGGAUAGAGGAGACGCGGAAGGUUUACAAGAGAGAAAAGGGAUAAAAACGGACACGGUUUAUUUUGGGUGGGGAUGGGGGGAGUUUUGUGUACCGGGCACCCCUUGAGAAAGAGCACUUGCUUUAGGUAUGAACAGUACCCCCUACGCAUAACCCACACACACAGACAGUCAUGCACACGCUCCCACACAGACGCGCGCGCGCGCGUGCACAGAGGCCAUAGAGCAGGUCCGCGACGGCGCCCGUCCUGCUCGCGCCCGUGAGACUCGCGGUAAACAGUCGGUAUCGAAUUCCCAGAGGCGGCUGGUGAAAGUAGGACUUGCUGCUCGCUGCAGUCACAAAAAGUCGUAUUUUAAAAAAAAAAAAAAUACUAUGAUUUUAGGGCUGGAUGCUGCGCCUUUAGUAAGACCCACAGAUUGUUCUUUUUUAUUUUCGGAUGUAAAUAUAAUUUUUUUUUUACAAUAUGAAUCGCACUUUGUAAACCCAAGGAAAGGUUAUACUGCAGAAUAUUUUCACUCAUCCUCUUGACCUUCUCUUAUGGAAAAUUGAAACAUGAUUAUUACAACAGCAACAAAAAACAGUUAAUUUCUUCAUCCAAAUGUAACUAAUUUAAAUACCAUGUAAUUACGUGUUCAUGGGCUAAAUACUGUAAAUAAAAAUGCAACAAAAACAUGUCUAUAUGCUUGCUUGCUUAGAGCAGCCCAGUCUGGGUGUGAUAUUUGGAUCCCGUGAACAACUUGAUUUUGUAAAUGUCUAAGUUUGUGUUUAUUACUGUACCGCGAGAAUAAUUAUUGCUAUUAUUAAUAUUAUCAAUAUCAGUUAUAUCACAGUUUAUUGUUUUGUUUCUUUUCAUUAAAAUAAAAAAGUACAAUUUGGCGAGCAGGAAGAGGACUUGUAUAUGGCUACUGGCGCCGCGCUCUCCUAAAAUUGUGGUAUUCAUCGAUCGGAUGGUUUUUAAGUCGUAAAUAAUGCAGGGCAGCAAGAAUCAGGAAACAGAAGACGGGAAUCCUGGAAAACAUUCUGCUCACCGAAUUAUCUAGAACAUAACAUUUUAUAACUGCUCCAGAUAGACAGUGAAUACAGAGCAAUCGGAAUGUAUGUUGUGUUGAUGCUGUUUUCCUUUUGUUGUAUUUGUUGUUGUUCUUGUUUUGAAUGUGUGGAUAUUUUUAUUGCUUGUCUUAUGUUUUCCUUUUCAAUAGCAAACUCUUAUAUAUUUUCUUUCAUAUGCAUGAAAUUUGAGAAAAGUCUGCCAUACAUAUUAUUCAUUAUUGGGCAUUAAUACUGUAUAUGUAAGGGUUUUGUGUUAUGCAAUAUACGGCAAACUUGUCUUUAAAAAUCUGUAUCUUAUUAUUAUUAUUUUUUUUUUCAUUUUUAAAGGAAACUAAGCCUCAUUUACAUUUCAGACAUGUACCCACAAGGAACACGCAGGAACACGUGCAGACACAUGUAGAGCCUGGGCGAGUUCAUGUACAUAUCCUGGACAACCUCGACCCUGGAUCUGGGUUUAGGGUUUCCAGAGUAAGAUCAACAAAGGCGUCUAGCUGUUUUGCUGCUGAGUCACAUGUCGUGGGUUGCCAUGGCGCGAGGCAGGCUAGCUGGGACCAUGUCCUCGCGGUACCCCGGUUGGGAGUCUGCAUGCUGUCCCUGGUGACGCAUGACUAUCUGACCUUGCCACAGGCUACGCCCCCUCACAGUACUCCUAAACAUUUUUUUUUUUUUUUUUAAACCAGGUUCUGUUGAUGCAAAAUAUAAUAUGAACAAUUUUGCGUCAACAGAUUUGUUCGAUUUUCUGAUAUUGAUACAACAUACAACAUUUUUUUGCCUCAGAAAUAAUGGACUUUAAUCAUAUCGAUGUAAGAUAUAAAGGCUUCUCGGCUAGAGAUAAGGGAGGUCUGUCAUGUGAGUCACGUCCAUUCACUGUGCAGUGGACCUUUCAGAAUAAGCGGAGAGCCUUAUAUCAAAUCCCCGUGUGUCAAACCACAGUACAAAAUGCACUGUUACCGAAAGACUGACAAGGCGCCUCUACCUUCUGCACACCACCAACUGCAUAUCGGCAGUAAAACACAGUCCUUCUACACUCAGAAUACAUACCUGUAGUUUCCCUUUUUCGUGUUUUUCUACAUUAAAGGGGGAUGAUGUCGAUACCUGCCUCUGUCUCCCCUACCCCAUCUAAACUAUAUCGGACAGUUGAAACAAACGUAUUUUAUAAAAAGAAUCUUUUUUAAAUGGAAAAACCGUACAACAGCAAUAACAGUACACGUCAAUGAAACUAGCCAGUGUAAAAAAUGAAUGAAUACAUAUUUACACGUGUAAAUAUUUUUUUUCUCAUUUUACAAUGUUGUAUUAUAAAUGUAUAUGGUGUUUCCUUUUUCAGAAAGAAAUCUUUUCUUACAGAAUAGCUGUCUUGUUUUACGAGUUGUGUUUUAACGGAGAAAAUGUUUCAAAAAUAACGACUGCAGUGCUAGAGGAGGUUCCCUCCAUAAACACGUAGUUUAUGCCCCUUCAUUUUGCAUCUUUUUUUGUAGAAUCUUUUUAUUGUAUGACUUUUUUCACCAGUCCAUAUAUAUUUUUUAACAUGAUAUGAAUUGCUGAAUGAUGCACCUUUAGUAAAGGAUGGUCACGCGGGAGGCUGAACUGAGUGCGCCCAACCUUCCCCAGCGGAGUUGUUGUCACGCCCCCCCCCCCCAACCCCCCACCCCCAUGUACCUUUUCUAGCCCUACGCUGCUGCUAAUACUAUGUAAACUUUACAACUCUAGGACUAUUUUUAUGUAAGACAUAAAUGUACGCUUUCCCGUUUAUUAAUACCGAGUAUACAGUAUGAAAACACAAAGGCUUUGCUUAUUUAUCUAUUCUACCCCCCACCUUGUCUUUUUAACUCCUUUUCUGCACCCCUACCCCCGACAAACACCGCUACCCCCCAAACCCCUGACCCCGCCACCCCUCCCCACAACACGGACUAUAUUGUAAAGUAAAGGACUUUAUGAGAUUAUGUUUGAAAAUAGCUAUGCUUAUAUACCACAGUGACUGAAUGUACAGUGUAUAGAUGCAUUACCAGAAAUAAAGUUGUUUGUCAAAAUGAA